CCUGCAUUGGUCGGAUGCAAGCAGAGGGUUGGCCAAAGUCAAGUCGAAUUUGAAGCCCUGUUUAUCGCCAUCUCACAUCUGGUUUUACGGCACGGCGGUGGUGGCGAAGCGGAACAUUCCAUUCAAGAAACCAAAGUCAUGUAUUGGGCCCUUCAUCCGCCCACGUCGGUAUACGCUGUGUCAACUGAGCUCAACUUCACGAUCCUCAUUGGUCCCAUCACUGAUUCAACCUCCUGGCUGAAUUCUCAGACGGUGGAUACGAGGGCUUAAAACAACGGGCGUGUACGAAUGCUGAAUCAUGACACCCUAUCCCCAACUCUGGCGCACCUUUACGCUUCUCUGGGCGGACCUAUUUUAGCUGAUCGCUGAUCGCUACCAGACUCACACAAUCAGAAAACAUGUCGAGCCCAAGCUAUCAUGGAGUCCAAUCUGCCUGCUUUCCCAUCGCACUGGUCUCGCAAAUAUGCCAGUGCUUCCGCGCCUUUCAUUGGCCGGCUCACGGCCACUCGCAGCCCGUGUCCGCUUCUCAUUACUGUUCGCAUACGCGCAAGGGCAUCUUCCAGUAUCUUAUUUACGAUAGUAAUUCUGCGAGAGCAAGGCUGCUUGGAGUCUAAUACGUCAUCACGGACGACGAGUUUAAUAUUGAGCCACCGGAAG